CGUGAUAGCGGGACGAGCGACGUGGAUCCCGCUCCCAGACCCGGAAGUUGGCAGGUGUCACAUCCGGCAGGAGGGGGCGGGCCUCCCGGACCCGGAAGUGUGGGCGUGGGCUGUGGUUUCACCCGCGGCUGUGGCGGCGCGGCUGCGGCCCCGGCAGGGAGCGAUGGAGACCCUGAAAGACAAGACCCUGCAGGAGCUGGAGGAGAUGCAGAACGACCCGGAGGCCAUUGACCGGCUGGCCCAGGAGGCCCCUGAGGUCCAGGACCUUCAGCUGGAGCGCGAGAUGGCGCUGGCCACCAACCGCAGCCUGGCCGAGCGGAACCUGGAGUUCCAGGGCCCCCUGGAGAUCAGCCGCUCGAAUCUCUCGGACAAGUACCAGGAGCUCCGGAAGCUUGUGGAGCGGUGCCAGGAGCAGAAGGCCAAGCUGGAGAAAUUCUCGUCGGCGCUGCAGCCGGGGGCCCUGUUAGACCUGCUGCAGAUCGAGGGCAUGAAGAUAGAAGAAGAGUCUGAGGCCAUGGCUGAGAAGUUCCUGGAGGGCGAGGUGCCCUUGGAGACGUUCCUGGAGGACUUCUCGGCCAUGAGGAGGCUGGCGCACCUGCGCCGUGUUCGCGUGGAGAAGCUCCAGGACGCGAUGAGGAAGCCCAGAGCUUCCCAGCAGCCCGCGGGCGCCAGCACCCCUCCUCUCCGCCCACCCCCCCCAUCUCGCCCGGUCCCCGCGGCCACCCCCCCUGCGGCGGAGGAGCAGCCACCCCCACCCCCGCCGGCGUCGGGGGUGCCUCCCUACCCUCUGCCCUACAGCCCGUCUCCCGGCUUGCCCAUGGGCCCCACCGCCCAGGGCGCGCUGCCGCCCGCACCCUUCCCCGUGAUGUCCCAGCCCUCCUUCUCCUACAGCGGGCCUUUGGGCCCCCCUUUCCCGUCAGCCCAGCCGGGGCCCAGGGCUGCUGGGGGCUACUCUUGGUCCCCACAGCGGAGCACGCCGCCCCGGCCUGGCUAUCCCGCGCCUGCCUCUGGUGCCUCUGGCCCCGGGUACCCCUUGUCGGGGGGCCGGGCUCGCAGUCCUGGUUACCCUCAACAGCCCUCCUACCCCGCGGCGGGAGGAAAACCUCCUUACCCGACGCAGCCCCAGUUCCCCAGCUUCCCGGGCCAGCCCCAGCCCACAGGCCCCCCUCAGCCUCCCUACCCCCGCGGGCCGGCCCCUCCCUACGGGUUCCCGCCGCCUCAGGGUCCUGCCUGGCCUGGGUAUUAGGGCCCUGGCCUCGGCCCUCCCCUCCUUCCGCCUGAACCGCACCGUUGGCCCCCCCUCUGCUGAGAUUCAAGGUUAGAUUGGAAGUGGAGUUGGCUCACCCCAUGGACUUGGGAUCCUGCAGGCCCCGGAAAGGCACAGGCGGUCACAGCGCUGCCAGGUGGGGAGUCCAUGCCUCCCCAUGGCGUCUGCAGGAGCCGCUGUGCGCCCGCGACGGCUGCUGUGUCUGCCUCCCGCUCUGAACAGUGCGCCGGCUCUGGGGGCGGCUGGUCUCGGCCCCUGCUCACCCCGCCCCGGGUUGGCAUAGUCCCCGUGGUGCCCGCACCCAGGGGUGUAGCUCUGUGUCUCUCUGGUCCAUUCGAGGGUGGCCCGCCCCUCAUACAUGGUCAGGGUUGGGUCGAGGGGAGAACAGUUAGGAAACACCCUUCAUGAUUUUAAGUCAAAAAGCCAUAACUGGGCUCUGACGGGCUGGUGUGGGAUAAGCUCGCACUGUGUGCGGUCUGAGGGACAGCAGCCGAGCAGCGCGUGGGAAGACGGGGUCGUGAGGGUGGGCCAGACCUCGCCUGCGCUGGUCAGGGAUCCUGGGGGUACCUCGGGCCCUCUGGCUGGACAGGAGGGAGCAGCUCUGGCCCAGGAGGUCAUGGCCCCGUGGGGGCUCGGUUAGGAGUGGGGCCAGGUGCCUCCCCAGCCACCCUCUCCUGGUGGACCUUGCCCAAGGCCCGCCCAGCUGUCCACCUCUCAGUGCCUUGAGUCUCCUUCGAACCACCCCGCCCUCGGCCCCUCCUGGCUCCCCGAUGGAAUUCCCCACCCCACCCCCUCCGAGAGACAUCAGAAGACGCCUGACCGUGCCUCCCGUGGCGCUAGGACACCUCACACGUCAGAGUCUCAUCCUCAGAAUGUCAAGGGCAAGGAUCUGCCUCCGCACCAGCUCAGCACCUGGGGGGCAGCACGUUCAGCCAUGAAAACCACAGACCGCGGGUGUGAGCACACAGCACGGGCUGGGGGGUGGGAGUGAGCCAGGUCUCGAGGCAGAGCCUGGAGCUGCUACGGGGGGGCGGGGGGGGGUCCUAUGUGCCUUGAAACAUCCACGGCACGGCACCGGCGGCUGGGGCCUGCAGGAGACGACCUUCUGGUGCUGGCGCGGCAGUGGGUGCACGUGCAGCAGCGGGUGCGCGGCAAGAGGCUCGCUUCGCGACGGGGCCCCUGCCCAUCGUGCGUGCUUCUCAUAAGCUAUUUAUAAAGUGGAAUCACUAACGGGCUCUGCGGGGCCCAGUGCGUUGGAACUGGACAGCGAUCGCUUGUGUGUUGUAUAAAUAAUUGCCAAUAAACCGAGGAGCUCUGC